AUGGCUACCAAGGGAGCGCGAGAUGCGCAGAAAAGCAAAGAUGGCCCUAACCCAGGCACUCCAAGCCAAACUCUGUAUAUCAAGAAUCUGAACGAAAAGAUCAACAAGAACGAGCUCAAACGCGCGUUGUACAUGCUCUUCUCCACCUAUGGCCCUGUCUUAGACAUAGUCACCACCCGAGUCGGGGCCAAAGGCCAGAACAUGCGUGGCCAGGCACAUAUUGUCUUCCGCGACAUCCAGACGAGCACUCAAGCUCUGCGAGCUCUACAAGGGUGCGAUCUUUGCGGCAAAGAAAUGGUAAUUGUCUACGGCAAGGGCCAGUCGCAAAUCAUUCCGAAACUUCGAGGCACCUUUGAACCCCCUACUUCCUCGGCCUCCAUCCCGGAGACCACCCAACUACAGAAAUCGAUCUUCAAUGCCCCCCCCUCGGCAAAUCCAAGUAAUAACGUUGAAAAUGGAGCGACUUCCAACGCAGUGCCGCACGGAACGAAGAGGCCCCGAGAGGAAGAGGAGGAGGAAGAGAAUGAAGUGUCGAUGGAUGAGGACGAGGACGAUGCUCCGAUGGAGGAGGAUGACGACGAUGACUGA